AUGAUGCAACACGUAGAAAAGGCAGCCCACUGCUCCCAUGGUCCCGGCGACAUCGGACGCCUCUUUAUCGUUUUCUCCUCAACAUCUAGCACCUUACACUCGACGAUGGCGUCCCUCGUCGUCAUUUUCGUAGUCGAGCUCGCCGUCGCCGUGGUGAACAGCAUCGGCGCAGCGACCAUCAAUAACCUGCUAUGGAAGCUCUAUACCGCGACCCCGCUGGGCACCUCGAAGCAGAUCCGCGACCAGCGCGAGCUACAGCAGCGGUACAUGAAGGUGCGGCGUGAUCUGAAUGCUACGAGCAGCCAGGACGAGUUCGCAAAGUGGGCAAAGCUGCGGCGGCAGCACGACAAGAUGCUGGAGGAGCUGGAGAAGAUGAAGACCGGCAUCGACGGCUCCAAGGCCGCAUUCGACAAGACAGUCACGACGGCCCGCUGGCUCUGCACCUCUGGCCUGCGCUACUUUCUCCCAUUCUGGUACUCGCGCUCGCCCAUGUUCUGGCUGCCGCACGGCUGGUUCCCAUACUACGCCGAGUGGAUCAUCUCGUUCCCGCGGGCGCCGAUGGGCAGCGUCAGCGUCGCGUCGUGGCAGCUCGCGUGCACGGGCGUCAUCACGCUGGUGGCGGACACGAUCGCGGCGCUCGUGGGCCUGGUGGUCGCCGCGAAGGAAGCGGGACAGGGAAAGAAGACGGAGGAACCAGUAAAGGCUUCUGCCGCACCUACGGCUUCGGCGAAGUCACAGGGAGAGGGGGACAGCAAGAAGGAGUUAUACAAAUUUGACGCAGAGUUCUUCAUAGCCGGAGCUGAAACUCAGCAACACGAAGUGAGAUGA